AUGAGGGGCAGUUAUCAACCAGUGCCAAGUACAAACCUUGAACAUGAAAAUACUAUACCCACUGCAUCUUCGUCGCAUACCCUGUUAAUGAAUCAACAUUUUGAUGAUUCUCUUCCUGAUUCUAACAAUAAUAGCAUAGACACUAGUACUACGCCUCCAACUGAACCACCUUCUUAUGAAUUUGAUAUAGAGGACCCACGCAAUGAUAUUCACAAAAGAACACAUCUACAGAGGGUUUCUAUUGGAUUCCAGGAAAAGAUCCUGGAACCUUUAAUGGAAAAUAUUAUUCAUCCGUUCUUCCAAAUAUCAAAGUUCAUCCAAGACAAAGCAGACUAUUACUUAAGUAAAAUCGGAAAUCCCUUCAUACUUCGAAGAUUCUUUUACAUCAUUUUGAUGUCAUUUGUUGCAUAUUAUGUCUUGUCAAGUGGCUAUUUGCUCAACGAAAAGGCAUCGGGAUCUAAAGGGAUGUUUUCUCAACACGAUAUACUUUUCGAAUAUGCCAAGAAAUCCGUGGAUUUGGCUAAGUUUGAGAGAGAUUUGGAAUAUAUUAGUAGCAUGCCCCAUGGAUCCGGAACGAAGGGUGAUUCAGCAAUUACUCGAUACAUUCAGGACUCUUUUGACAAUAAUGGGUUGAAAUUAGUAAGGGAAAUGGGAUACCUGGUUUAUUCUAAUUAUCCAGGCAAUGUAUCAAUCUCAUAUUAUGAUAACGAAAAUGAAAAGCACGAUUUAAAACUUUCCACGGAAAAUUUUAAUCCAUUAAGCUCGAAUGGGAAAUUGUCCAAAGUAAGCUUAAUUUACGCAGGCAAGGGUACAACAAACGAUUUACAAAAUUUAAAAGAUUCAAAAACGAUAGAAGAUGGAAAAGACUAUGUGCUUUUACUACAAUAUGAUAAAUUAGUAAGUCAGCAAGUACUACUUGCUGAGAAAUUUGGAGCUAAAGCUGUGAUCUUCAUAUCUGAACCAUAUGGUGAAAAUAUAGACGUUGUUCAAUCUAAGCCUGUAGGAUUGCCACAAUAUUCAACUGGUGAUGCGUCAACACUAAAUCGGUUUGGCUCUGUUGUAGAAGAAAAGGACCUUGAAUUUUGGCGUUUAGCUCAUAUUCCAACUAUCCCGAUCUCCAGGCGGCAAGGGCAAGAGCUACUAUCGCGUUUAUCUUCUGGCGGAAUAACAGUUGAUGGUGGCAAUAACGAUCAUAUUCAUAGUGGGAAAAUGGGUGACGUAUUGGUCGAUUUAGAUUUGCAAACCAAUGUCAGGGAAAAGCAUUUCGUCCCUAAUGUUGUUGGUAAAAUUGAAGGGAGAGAACAAUCCGACAAGGCCAUAAUAAUUGCUGCAUCAAGAAAUUCCAUUAAUUUUGGAACCACCUAUCCCAAUUUUGGUACAGCUGCAUUAUUAUCUAUAGUACAAUUAUUUCAAGAGGUAAAAUAUAAGUUUGGUUGGAAACCAUUGAGAAAUAUCUAUUUUAUCUCUUUUGGUGGUUCUGAGUUCAAUUAUGCUGGAUCUUCUGAGCUCGUUGAGCAAAGGCUAACUCCAUUGAAAGACGAAAUUUAUUCUUUGAUUGAUAUUAGUCAGUUAGGCAUACCCCCUAGUGAAAAAUAUGAAAAUGGUAAAACGGGGGGAAAAUUGAGCAUUGAGACUCAUCCUUUAUUAAAGAAGUUUUUCAGGAACAGAAAUGCGCAUUUAAACUUUGAUAUAUCCGUAGAUAACGUACACCACUAUGGUGACUGGACCCCAUUUCUAGCAAAUGGCAUUCCUGUGUCUGUAAUAUCUUCCGAUUCUACGAGGAACCGUAUCACCCCAUCUGAAACUUCUGAGGAUAAAUUUGAACUUGUUGAAAAGAUGCUGGAAAGCGAACAGAACCAACAAACUGUCAAGAAUUUGCUUCUAUAUCUUUUGCAUAUUAGUAUGGAAUUGAUUGAUGAUCCGUUACUUCAUUUUGAUAUAAUAAAUUAUGUUGAAGAUAUCGAUGAACGAUUACAAAGAUUAGAGCAAGCAUAUCCUGAGAAACUAAAUUUCACAUCAGUAAUUAAAGGCUUAUUAUUUUGGAAGAAAAUCGGUAACGAAUGGACGUCAUGGACUCAAGGUUGGGAGAACAUAGUAUGGUCACAUGGAGAUGGUAUAGAGCCCUCCUUACUUUCAAUCAAUAGAUGGACGUGGAAUAAAAAAUUGACUAAUAUUGGUAGAAGAACAUGCUCUCCGGCAGGUAUACCUAAUAGAUCAUUUUAUAAGAACAUUUUAUUUGGACCAACGCUGAUACAGGAAGAUAGAUCUAAGAAUGGUGAGGAUGUAGAUUUUUGGACAUUUCCAGGAGUAAUGGAUGCAAUUUAUGAUGAUGACUGGAAGAGGGCGCAAGAACAAAUCGACCUCAUUGGCAAGGUACUCCAUCAGUCAGCUGCAUUGUUUGUCGAGGAGACUAAUGAUAUCGGGUACAAAUAA